GCUCUGCAGCACAGCAGCCCCUCCUCGGUGAGAGUCCUCCUGCAUCCACCUCCGCUGGCCCCAGAGCAGCACCCAGGGGCCCUCCAGUUGGCACGGGGGUCCAGUUGUGACUCAGUCGCAGCUUCCUGUCUAGUAGCCUGCCCUGCCCAACCUGUCUGUCUGUGUUGCAGAGGACACCUACAGCUCCGAGGAGACGGUGGACCACCAGCCCAUCCACCUGAGGGUCAUGGACACUGCAGACCCGGACAUCCCCAGAACUGCGAGCGCUACCUGAACUGGGCCCAUGCCUUCCUGGUGGUGUACAGCGUAGACAGCCGCCAGAGCUUUGAGGGCAGCAGCAGCUACCUGGAGCUGCUCGCCUUGCACGCCAAGGAGACGCAGCGCUGCUACCCGGCCCUGCUGCUGGGCAACAAACUGGACAUGGCCCAGUACAGUUCUGACAACUCCGAGAGGCUGAUGUCACAAUCCCAUGAUGCUGGUGUGAAAAUGAGCUGGAGAAAGGUGAGGAGCUGCGGCCCCUCUGACUGGCCACCUUGCCUGCCCCUCCCUCCCAUUUGGUCACAGCCCUGGCCAGCAGGUUCGGCUGCCUCUUCUUCGAGGUCUCCGCCUGCCUGGACUUCGAGCAUGUGCAGCACGUGUUCCAUGAGGCGGUGCGGGAAGCGCGGCGGGAGCUGGAGCGGAGCCCCCCGCCCCGGCCCCUCUUCAUCGCUGAGGACAGGGCCCCCGUGCACCAGGUGCCGCUCACGGCCCGGCAUGGGCUGGCCAGCUGCACUUUCAACACGCUGUCCACCGUCAGCCUGAAGGAGAUGCUCGCCGUGGCUCAGGCCAAGCUGGUCACAGUGAAGUCAUCGCGUGCCCAGAGCAAGCGCAAGGCGCCCACCCUCACCCUCCUAAAGGGCUUCAAGAUCUUCUGAGGCCCAUGCCCCUCCUCGGCAGCCCCGGCAGCAGGACAGCGGCUGGCUUGUGAUGCCGGCCUUUCUCACCGAUGGACUGCUGGCCCCGCCCACUGAUGGACAGCUGAACCUGCCUCUGGCACCAAGCAGAGUCCCCACAUUGAGCCUAAGGCACUGGGUGGGCUGCUGCUGCUUGGUCUCUAUGGUGUCCUUUGCACCUAGGACCCUGGAGGGAAACGGCCAUUGCCACAGCCCAGAGACCUGCCAUAGCAGGAAGAAACUGUGUCCAUUCUGCUGCCGUAACUCUAGCCAGGCUAGCUGUGUCCCAUGGUAGAUGGACAGUUCCCAGAGGCCCCAGGAGGGGCGGCCUAGGGGUCAUGGCGCCACCUGGUGGGAGGCAGAGGCAGCGCAACUGCUUAGAAGUAGGAGCCUGACCCUGCUAUCCUCUUCUGACCUCACAGGAUACGCGGGUAGUGACCCCAGUUUAUUCAAGGAAGAUCUGCUUAAGAUAAUUCUGCGGGGCCGCUGCACAGGCAGGGGCUCCGGGUCGGGUAUUCCCAGCGCUUCCCCUUUCAGGGAGGGGAGAAGAGAACCUCCAGUGGGCUUUCAUCAGGAUUCAGGGUCUUCUUCCCCACUUUGCUAAGGACUGUGUGCACACCCUCAGGACCAGGUCCUCAAGUCUAAUGACCAAGGCUGCAGAACACAGUGUCCUCUCUGGUUUCAGGAGAGCCCACAGAAGGCAGGGUCGCAUGCCACCUGGCAGCCACCAAUGCCGGCUCAGACAGGAACGGUGUAAAGCUUGUAACAGGGUUUGGCCGGACAUGUGACCUUCAGCAACAGAUCUGAGCUUUCAAAGCCCAGUUUUUUUUUCUUCUAGCACUGGGGAUUGAACCCCGGGCCUUCACACUGAGCUAUAUCCUCAGCUAUUUUAUUUUAUUUUGGGAAACUAAGUUGUCUAGGCUGGGCUGAAAACCUGGGAUGCUCCUGCCUCAUCCUCCCAGAGAACUGAAAUUACAGGUGUGUGCCACUGCGCCCAAGCCAAAGUCCACUUUGGUGAGACAGAACCUGAAGUAUGUCGGGCUAAUAGAGCAAAGUUUUGCAUAGAUUCUAUGGUGUCUCCCUUAACAGCUUAUGCCACAACAUCAUGGCUCAGAUGGAGCCGCAGGUUCCUCCCUGCGGUUCCCACUGUUAGCCAGAGGAAGCUUCAGAGGCAGUUGUCUUCCAGCUCUGUUUACCAUGAGCAGGUACAGGAGGAGCCUCUGGCUUCCUGAAGGGCUGGGAAGGGGAUUCUGACUCCAGAAUCCUGCUUCCUUCCAUGUCAGUGCCCCAUUCCAGGAACUUGGACUCAAAAUCCCCCUAACCCAGCCUUCAACCCAUUCUAUGGAGGGAGAAGCUGAGGCCAGAGGGAGGCUGUGAACCAUUCCAGGCCACCCGCGGAGGGUCCCUGCCAGGCUUCCCGAGCCCUAGGCUGCUAGGGGUUUUGCACUUUUCUUCAAGCCACUUGUGUGUUUGUGUAUAUGUGCGUGUGUAUCACAGCCACUUGAACAGUCUGUGCACUUCCCACUGCCCACUACCAGAAGCAUUUUUAAUAAAAGAUUUUUUUUAACUAUCA